AUGGCCUACCGACCUACAGCCCCGCCGCCAAAUGCCACUCCUCAGCCGAUGGUCCGCAAGAAGGCACCUGUGAGCAUCUUCAACCCCAAGAAGAAGCCUCAGGUGAAGAGACCGGCGCAGGCGUACGUAGGUUCCGGUCAGGUGCCGGUGAAUAGUGCUCGACCGCAUGCUUCUGCACCAGUCACAAAUGGCGCACAUACUGCAGCACCUGUCGCCAAAGAAGAUGAUCCCAGCACCUACUCCGAAUAUCCCAUCACAGUCUCCAAGUCGGCCUUGAUGCGCGGGCUCCACUACCACGGUUUCCGCAUGCAGAGCAAACUUGAUGACAAAGGCAAUCUUAUUCAAAUCGACCCAUUCGACGAGCGAGAAUUCACCCGACCGGUGCGACUCUACAGGCGCCGACCACAAGACAAGCCGGAGGCAGCAGAACAGUCAGAUGCCGCCUCAGGCGUGGACGACAAGGAGCGCGAGGCGCGAGACAUCAAGCGUGCUGAGCGGCAGAAAGAGCGCGAGGCGAAUCAGGCGCUGAUAGCUCCGUCGGCAGAGACCGCAGGCAAGAAGACACAAAAGAAGAAGCCGCAGAAGAAGGUCGAGGAUGUCUACUGGGAUGAGAACAACCCAAAGAACCAAGCAAGGUCGCAGCUGCGAUACGAAGAGGCUCGACCGUGGCACAUGGAGGACUUUGACUACAAGAACAAAUUCUCUGCCACCUACGAGGAACCUCUCAGCAGGAAACAUGUGAUGCUCGAGGUCAGUAGCAUAGGGACCUUCAACAUGGUGCCAGUUGAGAAGUGGUAUCGCAUGGCUCGUGUGGAUCGGGUGAAAGCGUUCGAUGAUGCCACGAUUAUCAAGAUGAUGGACGACAAGAAACACCCUGCACCAAGAUGGCUCCAGGGCAAAGAUCCGAAGGAGGUUGAGGCUAUCGCUAGGCAGAUGGCCAUGUCCGCAAAGAUGGAACAACUUGCUCAGCAUCGUUCGGUCAAGAAGUUUGACGCCGGUGACGAUGACGCCCCGUCGUUCAUCAAGAAUGAAGAGUAUCGUGCUGAUGUGGAUGAGAUCGACUUCGAAUUCAAUGAUGAGUUCCAGGACGAUGACGAAGGCUUUAUCUGGGGCGAUGCGAAUGAUGACGAAGCAAAAGAUACGGAGAAGCGUGUGCGCGACGAGAUGCGUACUGCUGGUCUGCCGGACGCUGACGUCAAGCGAGCGGAUGAGGACGAUUGGGUUAAUGAAGAGAAGAAUCAGGAAAAUGCCAAUGAGGACGAGCGCAAGCGGCAGAAGAAGAUGCGCAAGCAGCUAAAGCGCAAGGAGUCUCGAUUCGAGUACGACUCCGAUGAUGAUGGUAACAGGUAUCGUGACUCAAGUGAAUCAGAGGACUCGGAGGAGGAGCGCGAGAGGGAGGCUGAGGAGCAAAAGAAGCGUGAGGCCGAGCUAACUGGCCAAGCUAAUGGCGACAAAUCUGGAGAUUCGACCAAGGGUACCAAUACACCUACCGGCAGGUUGGAGAAGAAAUCGAUGAAGCGUGAAGCGGACGCUUCCGAUGCUAGUGGCAAUGAGUCGAGCAGAAAGAAGGCGAAGCUGAACGGCGCUGGUGGUGCAGUGCCGAAUGGAGCUCGACAACUUUCACCUGACGCAGCCAAACGUAUUCCAUCUGGCUAUGGCUCCGGCAGCGAGACUGACACCUCCCGCGCCGGCCGCACAGGCACGAAGCUCCGCCUCAAAAACAGUGUACCCGGCUCUCCACGGACGGGUGGUACACCAAACGGCUCUCGCGCCGCUUCACCAACGGGCAGUCGAGCACAAAGCCCCGCUCGACCCAUUCAGCCCAACCUACCAUUCCCAACUGUGGAUGAGAUACAGGCAGCUAUCCCACCCGAGGGUAUUGCUCUCGGCGAACUGGUUCAGGCUUUCCGCGCCCGGGUGGCGAAGAGAACCGCGGACUUCAUUGCCAUGGUCAAGGAAGUGGGUAGGGCGGCACCGGGUGUCAAGGGCAAGAUCGUGCCUAAGACGGAGGAGGAGAUGGCCGCUGCUCGAGCUGCUGCUGCUCGAGCUGCUGGUGAUGAUGGAUCGGCAUCCACUCUGGCCGCAUCUGUUUCCGCGACCGCAGGGAACUAG